AUGGAAGACCGCUACAUCCCAAACACGCAUUCCCGGCAGGACUAUCUCCCCUUGACGGAGGCACCAGAGAGCUGCGUCCGGCGAGCGGUUGAGCACAUCGUUGCCGAUGCACCACCCCGUCCUAAGUACAAUCAUCGUCAUUGUCAUGGUCUUUUCUCUGGCCCAACGGCCCUGGCAUUCUUAUUACUCCGGGUCGGCUCUAUAUAUCCCACCAUGAAGAUCGGAGAUCAUUCCCUUCGCUACUGGGCCAAUCUAUACAUUAGUGCUCGACGCAUUGGAGCUUCAUCCUCCCGGUGCGGGUUGACGAGCGAGAUCGCGGGGCUAGGGACUGUCAAGACCUUAUUAGACAGGAACAAUGCCCCGACACUUCUCAGAGAACUCAAUGAGACCAUGAGGAAUACCCAACAUCCUCAUGAACUACUCUACGGCUCCGCUGGUCUCUUAUACAUGAUUCGUCUCGUAGAGUCUUGGCAACCAGUUCUCACUUCUUCCUUCGCCGACAUUAAGAAAAGGAUCAUAGAUCGCAUUAUUGCCGCUGGUCCAGAUUGGACCUGGCAUCAAAAGCGGUACAUUGGCGUUGCCCACGGCGAUGUGGGGAUCCUGACGCAACUGAUCCUGACAGAUCCGAACUUGGCAACGGGGUCAUUUGCGAACAAUAAACUAGAUCGCUUGUUGAAUCUACAGCAGAGCGAUGGUAACUGGCCUGCGAAGGAGGGUGAAGGCGGAGAGGGAAAGCGCCUGAUGCAAAUCUGCCACGGGGCCCCCGGAUUUGUCGUGUCUCUGGAGUCUCUGCGACCAUUUUUUCCCAAGUGGGCGGACCGGAUUGACGGAGCUAUUACAAGGGGUAGAAAUGCAAUCUGGGAAGAGGGGCUCCUCCGAAAAGAGCCUUGCCUCUGCCAUGGAAUUCUGGGGAAUGCCCUGUGA